UGCUAGCAUGUGCAGGCUGAACGCUGUGUGCACUGGGGGCCGUGAGCGAAACGGCACGGGCUGUGAGCACGCAUGUGGCUCACAGGGGCCCGGCCAUGAGAGCGGCUGACCUGAUCAGUUCUGGGUUCCAGUUGAUGCCGGACUAUCAGGAGUGCCAGGCAAUUGGAUGCCGGACUAUUGGAGUUUUAGCGUAUUAAGAAAUUCAAUUUUAGUAGUUACCUAGCUAUGACAACAUAGAGUAGACAUAUUUUGAAGAAAUAAUGGAAAUUACUAAACUGACAUUGUCAACUAAUUACAUAUGUGCAACUAGAAAUAAAAACAUUUGUAUCUUUGCCCUUUAUAAACAUUAGCUUUUUUACUUAAAUAGUUAAAAUUCAUCUCCUUUGGGGCUAAUUUGUUUAUCACAACUUUCCAUUUAAGUUUAUGGGUAGGUAGGGUGCUAGCCUUUAUCUUAUUUUCCCCAUUGAAAUCAUUGAUAACUAUCUUUUUAAGCUUCCUUGUUAAUGUUAACAUAUUUUUGAUAAGCUGGUUUUCAUGUGACAGUACAUUAAAAUUUGUUUUCAGAAACCGCUAAAAGGAAAUAGGUUGCUCCUGAAGUACUCUACUGAUGGUGUACCCAGAUUUUACUUGGAAUGGAUAUAUUGUGGAGAUGUGGUACUGGGUUUUCCUAUGGGCUCUCUUCUCCUCUCUCUUUGUCCAUGGUGCUGUAGGAGUUUUAAUGUUUGUGAUGCUGCAGAGACAUAGGCAGGGGAGACUAAUCUCUGUCAUUGUGGUCAGCAUUGGAUUUCUGGGUUCUGUAACUGGAGCAAUGAUAACCAGUGCAGCUGUAGCUGGUAUUUACAGAGUAGCAGGGAAGAACAUGGCUCCUUUAGAAGCACUGGUAUUUGGAGUUGGACAGACAGUACUGACAUUAAUUAUUUCAUUUUCAAGGAUUCUUGCUACGCUUUGAGACUUCUGUGAAAACGUUCAGUUAACAUAAGGAAACCUUUUGUCUGUAGAUAAGUUUUCUGAAAGUGACUUUAGUGGCUGACGGACAUAAAUUAGUGCACCAGGUCUACUUCAAAUCUAGAAAUUCAGUCAAGUGGGAAAAGACUGCUCUCUAGUGUCUACAGUCUUGUACUAAUGUUCUGCACCUUAUGUGCCUCAGACACAGGGAAGGCGCAAUUAAUGUAUGUGACGCUGCGACAUAAAGCACCUUGAAGAGCUGCCAAUCAGGUGAACGUUUAUGAUGAAAUCAUUGUUCUUAACAGUGCUGUGAUAAAAUACAGGGACAUUUCUGAAGAAUCCGUAUAUGUGCCAAACUUGAAGUUUAAUUUUUUAACUUAAAUGUAUGAACAUUUGAAAUUGUAGUAAUAGACAAGUGCUGUGAAUAUAUUCUACAUUAAUUCAGGUAAACAAGUAAGGAUUUGUUUAACUGAAUCCUAGUCAAUGCUGUGUGUUAAUCUAUUCAGCAUAUGAAAUAAUUACUUGAUUUUUGAAUUGUAUAUGAGCAUUACUGGGAUUUAGGACUGCAGCAAUUCUGAUCGUAAAAUUAAUGUGUUUAGCACUGUAUGUAGGAGAUUUUUUUUGUGAAGCAAUUCCGUGAGGUUCACCAACUUUGGAAAAGAGAUUUAAUAGUUUUAUUUCUACACACUUGGUAUUUUAUCAGUCCAAUAAUCACCAAGUAGACUGUGCAUAGGGCAAAUUAAGGAAAUCUAUUAUGCAAAAAUGAAAUGUAAAUUAUUCCUUUAUUCAAUUAUUUUUAUCCAAAUGUAGGUAUUCACAACCCUUUUAGAAAAAGGUACUUGUUUAUCUUCAUGAAAGAAAUUUUCAGAUGUGAUGUCUCAGAAGUUUGUUGAAAUUAAAUCUUUUUAAUGAUAUUUUAAAACCAGAAACAGUCUUUAAUUCUGAAACAUCUAAUGUUUAAAAUAUGGCCUAAUAUAGGCUCUAAAAGAGAAUAAAAAGACAAGUAAAGAAACUACAAAGAAGAUUGGAAGAAUUUUUAAAAUAUUAUGUAUGAUUGUGCUGGUAUUCUGCUGAACAAAAAUGGCAAGU